AUGGCGUCCCUCCUGAUGCGUUUGUUCAGGGUUGGUGUUGAGAAGAAGAAGAUCCAGCACUAUGAACAUCUGCGCAGAGACGUGGAUCCUCAGCAGAAAUGGAACACGCUGGGAGAACUGGGAGACGGAGCGUUUGGGAAGGUGUAUAAGGCUCAGAACACCGAGAGCGGAGUGUUAGCGGCGGCUAAAGUGAUCGGCGUUCACGGCGAGGAUCAGCUGCAGGAUUACAUCAUCGAGAUCAACAUCCUCGCCACCUGUCGCCAUAGCAACAUCAUCCCGCUGCUCGAUGCCAUCUACUACGAGGGAUGGUUAUGGAUUUUAAUAGAGUUUUGUCCUGGAGGAGCGCUCGAUGACAUCAUGUUAGAGCUGGAACGUGGACUCUCCGAGCAGCAGAUCAGUGAGGUUUGUUUCCAGACUCUUCAGGCUCUGAGUUACCUGCAUCAGCACCACAUCAUCCACCGAGACCUGAAAGCUGGAAACAUCCUGCUCACCAUGGAGGGUCACAUCAAACUGGCGGAUUUCGGUGUAUCUGCCAAAAACGACCACACGCUGCAGAGACGCUCGACCUUCAUCGGGACGCCCUACUGGAUGGCACCAGAGGUGAUCAUGUGUGAGACGACGAAGGAGAACCCGUACACGAGUAAGGCUGAUAUCUGGUCUCUGGGCAUCACACUUAUUGAGGCGGCCGAGAUGGAACCACCUCAUCACACGCUCAACCCAAUGAGGGUGUUACUGAAGAUCACCAAAUCUCCCCCACCCACCCUCACCAACACCCGGAUAUGGUCAAACCAUUUUCAGGAUUUCCUGCGGAGGGCGCUGCAGAAGAACCCUGAAUCCCGGUGGGGGGCGCAGCAGCUGCUGGCUCACCCGUUCCCCUACGCCGGUCGGGAUGGACGAUCGCUCAAAGAGCUUAUCGCUGAAGCUAAAGCCGAGGUUACAGAGGUCAUAGAGGCGGAGUCUCUUUCAGAUCUGUCCUGCCCAGUGAAUGAAGCUCUGCCAAUCAAUCCAGCAGCUCAAUCCACGCAAGAUUUGGGAAAAGAUCAAACAGCUCCCCCUCAAACACCUACUAGUGAGCAACCUCCAGAACCUCCUCCUGAUCCUGAGCCGAAUAAAGCUUCCAAAGUGACCCGACGGACGUCUGGCGCCCUGGAUAAAGCCCAGAAGAGAGUACGGCGUCUAUCUACUCCAGGGAAUUUCCUGUCCUUCUUGACUUGCCGCAAAUCUGGAGUCUGGAGUGACGAAGUGAGAAACCAGGUUAAUCAGGAUCAACCAGAAGUCCAAACUGUACAAAGUAACGGAGAAACUGAUCCAAAUCCAACAGCGACGGAGGACGUUCAGGAGCUGGGAACUGAAAACAAACCUGAGGAGGUCAAGGGUGAAUCUGAUCCCAACCAGAAUGAAGAAAAAGUGCAGACAGAGAGCAGGAACGAGGGAGAAGUCUUGGACAAUGACAGACGCAACAGUGAAGAGACGCAAGAUAAAGAAACACCGGAUCUUACCAAAGACAAUCUGGAGGAUGAGGAGACUUUGAAGACUAACCAAGCUAAAGAUGAGAUGAUAUUUAAGAAGCUCUUUGAUGGAUCUGCAGAAAAAGUGGAUCAAAAUGUCAUGAUAAACAUGUUGUGUUUGGAAACUCUGCACCUGAACAUGAAACGUGACAUGAAAGAGGGAUCUUCUGGACGUCGGUAUGACUAUCUGGAUUUGGCUGUGCAUGGGAACUCGCUGAAAAUUCUGUCCACAGUGGAGCAAAGCAGAAAACCAGUCGUGGAAGUUUGUGUUACAGUUUCUGAAGGUCUUAAAGAGGAAACAACCAGUGAGGAACCACACAAUAUCAAAAAUAAUGACAGUCCAAGAGAUAUUAAAGAAGAAGCUGAGGUUAAUGAUGAUAAGGAACAAGAAGAAGUCAACACAGAUAUCAGAGACAUCAGAGAUGAAGAUGUCAACGUUACAACAGACAUGAUUCAAGUCUCUCAAGAUUCAGAUCUUCAAAAUGUUCAAGAUACGUCCAUUGAUUCAAGAACAGAAGAACAAGUGCAGGAAUUCUUGCUCAAGAAAGAAACAGAGCAAGAAGAUCCAUCAGAACCAGCAACAACAACUGAAAAAGAAAAGGUUGAUGAGACCAAAACUGAGACAAGCACAGAGGAGAUCCAGAGAAUAAAGAAUGGACAUGAGGAUCAAGUAAUGAUGAACCAAUCAGAAGAACAUAAACAUCUUACAGGUGUUGACAUCUCAUCUGCAAAGGGCAUGCAAGAAACAACAAAUGGAAAGCCUCAUAGUGAGGAGAUAACUUCUCUAAACCAUGUCUCAGAACUUCAAGGUGAGAAGAUCAGCUCAGAAAAUCAUGUGGUGGAGACACAAAAUUCAGAACUUCAGAGUGAGAAGAUCAGUUCAGUAAAUCAUGUCUCAGAAACACAAAAUUCAGAACAUCAAGAGGAGAAGAUCAGUUCAGAACUUCAGGGUGAGAAGAUCAGUUCAGAACUUCAAGGUGAGAAGAUCAGCUCAGAAAAUCAUGUGGUGGAGACACAAAAUUCAGAACUUCAGAGUGUGGAGAUCAUUUCAGUAAACCACGUGGCUGAAGCACAAAGCUCUGAACUUCAAAAAAAUUCAGAAAACCAUGUGGUGGAUACACAAAAUUCAGAACUUCAGGGUGAGAAGAUCAGUUCAGUAAAUCAUGUCUCAGAAACACAAAAUUCAGAACAUCAAGGGGAGAAGAUCAGUUCAGAACUUCAGGGUGAGAAGAUCAGUUCAGAAAACCAUGUGGUGGAAACACAAACUUUAGAACUUCAGGGUGAGAAGAUCAGUUCUGAACUUCAGGGUGAGAAGAUCACCUCAGUAAAUCAUGUGGUGAAAACACAAGGUUCAGAACUUCAGGGUGAGAAGAUCACCUCAGUAAACCAUGUGGUGGAAACACAAAGUUCAGAACUUCAGGGUGAGAAGAUCACCUCAGUAAAUCAUGUGGUGGAAACACAAGGUUCAGAACAUCAGGGUGAGAAGACCACCUCAGAAAACCAUGUGGUGGAAACACAAGGUUCAGAACUUCAGGGUGAGAAGAUCAUCUCAGUAAAUCAUGUGGUGGAAACACAAGGUUCAGAACAUCAGGGUGAGAAGAUCACCUCAGAAAACCAUGUGGUGGAAACACAAGGUUCAGAACUUCAGGGUGAGAAGAUCACCUCAGUAAAUCAUGUGGUGGAAACACAAGGUUCAGAACUUCAGGGUGAGAAGAUCAGUUCAGAACUUCAGGGUGAGAGGAUCAGUUCAGUAAAUCAUGUCUCAGAAACACAAAAUUCAGAACAUCAAGGGGAGAAGAUCAGUUCAGAACAUCAGGGUGAGAAGAUCACCUCAGUAAAUCAUGUGGUGGAAACACAAGGUUCAGAACUUCAGGGUGAGAAGAUCAGUUCAGAACUUCAGGGUGAGAAGAUCACCUCAGUAAAUCAUGUGGUGGAAACACAAGGUUCAGAACUUCAGGGUGAGAAGAUCAGUUCAGAACUUCAGGGUGAGAAGAUCACCUCAGUGAACCAUGUGGUGGAAACAGAAAACACUGAUGUUCCAGCCAGUAGGACACGUGUAGAGGAAGAAGUCUCAGGAAAGAUAAACAGUGUCGUUUUAGACACUAAAUCCACCAAAAGGACCAAGCAGCUGAACUUCACCAAGCAGAAGAAACCAGUGAAGAGCAGAAGAUCUCACAGCUUAACAAAUGGCGACUCUAACGGUCCGUUCCAUCACAGUAAUGAUGAUGAUGUCGAUGCUCCACCACUUUCUCCAAAUACUGAACUGAAUUUAGCGAGCAGCAGGAAGAUGGUGAAGAAGACGAGGCGCUUUAUGGUGGACGGGCGUGAGGUCAGUGUCACCACGUCAAAGGUGAUGAGCGAGAGAGACGAUAAAGAGCUACAGAUGCGAUCGGUCAGACGACAGGAACUGCAUGCUUUGAAGUUGUUGCAGCGUGAGGAGCAGCGAGAGUUUGCGCAGCUCGAACAGAAACAGCAGCAGCAGAGAGAAAUGAUGUUCCGCCAUAUUGAACAGGAAAUGAGUACUAAGAAGCAGUACUACGACGGAGAACUGCAGCGGCUGGAGAAACAGUACGAGCAGCAGAGCCAGAAAAUGGAAGCCGAACACACGGCGCGUCUCCGAGAGGAAGCUCGACGCCUCAAAUCUCAACAGGAGAAGGAACUCAAAGCCCUGAAGGUCGACUCCAAAGAGGAGCAGAGGUUCGUGCAGAAGCAGCAGCAGGAGCUGAAUGAAGCGCUGCAGAAAGCCGUGCAGGAGCACAAGAGGAAAGUCGCCUCCAUGGAGUGGGAGAUCACCGUCAAAUCCCAGCAGCUCAAGAGAGCUCGUGAGUCGGUGAUUUGGGAGCUGGAGCAGCGCCACCUACAGGAGAAAUAUCAUUUAUUUAAGCAGCAGGUGAAGGAACAGUACUCGCUCCAGAGACAGCAGCUCAGCCGCAGACACAGCAAGGAUUUGGAGAGGGCCUCACGAUUCCAGCUGAGUCUGCUGGAGGAACAGAAGUCGUCUCAGGCUCAGGAACGAGCUCGGCUCCUGAGGGCCCAGCGCAACCAGAUCAAAGCUGGAGUGAACCGGUUCCGACAGGAUCUGAGGAGGCGGGGCCUGAGCGGAGCCGAGCAGAGACACCGACUCACCCAGUUCAUGGGUGAGGAGGAGGCGCGGCAGAAGCAGGAGUUUCGGCUCCUACAGGAGAACCAGGAGCUCCAGCUGAAGGAGAUUCAGGACCAGUGUGAGUCCAACAUCACUGAGCUCCACCAACUGCAGAACGAGAAGCUGCAGGUCCUGGUGGAGAUGGAGAAGAAGAAGAUUAAAACCCUGGAGGACGAACACGCGCUGGAACUCAACGAGUGGAGAAACAAACUCGCCUGCAGGAAGGAGGCGUUAGAAGAAGAUCUUGCUCGUAAGAAGAGAGAAUAUGAAGCCAUGAGAAGGAGAAGCGUCGAACCGGAAGCUCGACACGGAGCUCGGCGGUCACGGUUCUUCCCGAACCUCAGCUUCUCAACCUGAACAUCACCUGAACACAACCUGAACAAACUGAACACCACCUAAACACAGCCUGAAAUCCACCUGAACACAACCUGAACACAGCCUGAAAUCCACCUGAACACAGCCUAAACACAACCUGAACACCACCGGAACACAACCUAAACACCACCUGAACACCACCUGAACAUCACCUGAACACAACCUAAACACAACCUAAACACAAACUAAACACAACCUAAACACAGCCUGAAAUCCACCUGAACGCCACCUGAAUGCUGGAUAUGUACACACACACAGCUGAAAGAAUGAGUGUGUGAGCCACAACAGACCUGAUUUGGCAUGUUCUCCUCAUGUCUUCCUGGGAAUCUUGUGAGUACUCCUUCCUUUCUACCCUCUAAAACAUGCAGAAAGUGGAUUGUCGGCUCAAAAUGACCUUUAGAUGUGAGUGAUGGAGCUUAUGUGAGUGUGAUGGACUUUACCGGAUUGUGAAUCUGAACAGCCAAUCACCGAACCGACAUCUCACUUAUUAUUUUAUGAUUUUGUCGAAAGGUUGCUGGUUCAAGCCCACCACUGCCAGGUUGUCACUGUUUGGCCCUUGAGCGAGGCCCUUAACACUGAAUUGCUCAGACUGUAUACUGUCACAGUGCUGUAAGUGGCUUUGGAUAAAAUCGUCCGCCAAAUGCUGAAAAUGUAAAUGUCCCAAUUUGGUUAUACUCAAUUCCCACGUGCACUCUGGUGAGCUCUGCUGGUUGAAUCACAUCUGUGCUGGUCGGGGGGAACACGGACUGACCGCAUGAACAUGGACCACAUCUGUACCAUCAGACUCGCCAUACUGGGCACCGCAUAAGCUAGAGAACGAACUACAGUGGACCUACAGAAGAACCUCGUUAGGAAGAAACAAGAAGAAGCUGAAUUUUCUUUUAAUUCUGUUAAUAAUACAUAUACACUGUAUGUCCAAAAGUAUUUGGACGCCUGAUCGUGAACUUGUUGGACGCCCUGUUUCAAAAACAAACUGUAUUAAAAUAAAAUGACCUCUGUGUGAUCUUUAGAGAAGCUUCUCACAAGACUUUGAGGCAUGUCUGUGGUAAUACUACAGUCCCCAGUACCCAGUACUUCUGUCCACAUAGUGUAAUAAUAUAUUAAUGAAUGAUUAGUGAAAUAUAAGCUUUUAUUCUUUUUUUAUCAAACUAAAAUGACAUGUAAAGUGUCUGUAAUUAAUGACAGUGUAUGUGAAAUUAUUGUUGCUGUGUUUGAUUUUUAUUGUAAAUGUCGAUUAUUUUA